GAGUGUUGGCACAACUUCUGGAAAAAUAUGCUGCUCUCUACCGAUCACGCGUCACAACUUUCUGAAUAACAAAGAAGAUUAAGAUUGAGCGUUGAAUGGCGUUUGUUUUGCGGGAAAUCUUAUUAGGAUUGUGUGUUUUGAUCACUUAAACAGAUUGGAAUAUGGGACGAAGAAAGAGUAAAAGAAAACCACCUCCCAAAAGGAGGGCCAUAGAACCUCUUGAUAUUCAAUUCAACUGCCCUUUCUGCAACCAUGAAAAAUCAUGUGAAGUGAAAAUGGAUAAAACAAGAAAUACAGCAAGAAUAACUUGUCGGGUGUGUUUAGAAGAUUAUCAAACAUCAAUUAAUUUCCUUUCUGAACCAGUCGAUGUAUACAAUGAUUGGAUUGAUGCGUGUGAAAGUGCAAAUUGAAUUUAUAGUUGGUUGUUUUUUUUUUCUUCAGUACAAAAGCAUUUGAACUCUAAUGAGGGAUAUGUGUAUAAUUUGUGAUGUAAUCAGUGUUGUUUUCUUAUCAUUUAGUCUUAGUAUACUGGAUCCUGAAAGGCUAUAAAAAGAAAAAAUUGCAGGAAAAGUUUUAUGAUCCGUUAUUGAUUUUUUAACAUAUGUUUAUGUUGAAAUAGCAGCUUUUGUUGUAAGUAUUAAAUUCUUACAAAACAAACUAUAUAGUGGACAAAUUUAUAUAUUAUAUGUUGAAAUAGAAGCUUUUGGUGUAAGUAUUAAAUCCUCUUAUGAAAUAAACUAUAUUGAUCAAAUGAAUGCCCUAGUUGAUAAUACUUGUAAAUUAAUUAAUUCAAUUUCUUUAAAAAAUAUCUACAGUGAAUUUUGCACUAAUUUAUUCUAUACAUUAUGGCCAGUAUCAUCUUGGGCAUUAAACUGGGGGACAUUAUAAUUGGUGUGAACCUGAUUGGAAUUUUGAUUAAAGCCAUGGCAAUUUAUUUAUUGAAGUUAACACAAUGCCUACAGUAAAUUGAAGGUGAAGUUGUGUAGCAGCUCUUCAUGAAUUGAGUAUUUUUGGCAAACUUAGAAAAAAUGGCAGGCUUGGAGACAGUGGUGGUUAGGCAAUAGUACUAGCAAACAUGCUUCUUGGGCCUUUAAUUUGAAAUGCGGGCUCAUGGGGAAUUCCUAAAUCGGUUAAAAUUUAGUAUAUGGUACACCCUUAGAGAAACGGGGCGGCUGGGCUCAAGCCCUAAUUACUGUUCGUGCUCUAAUAAAAAUGAAUAAAACUUACGGAUAGGCGAUUUUCAUGGUUUGCCCAUUAUAUGCUUUGCCCCGGCCGCGUUGUAAUGCCUAUUUACUUUCUAAGGCAAGUUACCUUGCUUCGCUCGCCCGGAUCCAAGUCACGGCGAGGCUCGGUCCUUCGGCCCUCGCGUUCACUAUAAACAUCCUUGAAUCUAACCAA